AUGGAUGCACCUGUAAUGCAAAAUCAAACCUCCAAUUCCAGAGUAGAGCUGACAUGCCAACGAGAAUAUUCUCCGGAGGAACAUUACUCAACAAAUAUUGGAGGCAAACAUCAUUGUCUCUGUUCAUCAUCCGAUAGAUCUUCCUCUUUUCUACAUAUGACUGGUUCGUCGUCGUCGUCAUCAACAUCAUCAUCAUCAUCUAGCUGCUCUUCGUUAUCAUCAAUUGUACAAUCGUCACAAUUGAUGGUCAUCGAAGACGACAUAGAGGCUGUUCACCAAGAAAUCGAAGACUUCAAUCAAAUCAAUUUAAAUACCAUAAAUUCGAAUAUAGCAACAAAAAUCUCGAAUUACUGUUCAAUAAUGAAAACCGCAACUAGCAACAGUCAUACACAUCUCAAUACCUCCAACACACCCCUGUCCAUAGCCAUGGAUGCGUUAGAAUAUUCCAUGGCUCAAUCUCCACUUAAUCGUAGACGUCACACCGCCCUGCCUCAAGCUUUAAUAAUGAAUCAACAGCAUUUAUCACUACUCGAAAAUAAGACCCAUAAGAUGGACUAUACCAUGGAUGAUUUGGAUGAAUACAAACCGAUAUUGCGCAAAGCCCUUUCAACACCCGCCUGUAAUAUUAUGGACAUACAGAAUCCCUUAAAAAGUGAUGUUACAAUCAUAACUAAUCAUAACACACCUGCACAACAACAACAAAUCACAAAUGUCCAACAUCAACAGUCUAAUCCAAUAAUAUCGGUGAAUAAUGCGAAUCUAUCGGAAAGCAGAUCAACGGUAACAGAAGUCAACGUAACGUCACCUUCACCGCCAUCUACAACAGUAAACUCAUCGUCAUCAUCACCUUCUUUACCAACACAACGUUCGGGCUGUGCCCAUUAUAAACGUUCAUGCAUGUUUGUGACUCCAUGCUGCAACAAAUUCUACAAAUGUCGAUUUUGUCACGAUGAAAAUGAAUCUCACCAUUUCGACAGAAAAACUCUUACAGAACUGAUAUGCACUGAGUGCAAUACACGACAAAAGGUUCAAGAUCGAUGUCAAAGUUGUGGAAUACGUUUUGGAAAGUACACCUGUCUGAUUUGCAAUUUAUUUGAUGAUUCCGAUAAACAACAAUACCAUUGUAGGCGGUGCGGCAUUUGUCGCAUUGGUGGCAGAGAUAAUUUCUUUCAUUGUGAAGUCUGCGAUAUGUGUUUACCAAUACAAUUGAAAAUUGCAGGUCAUAGGUGUGUGGAAAACAUAUCGCGAUCCCAUUGUCCUGUCUGUCUGGGAGACAUUCAUACCUCACGUAUUCCAUGUCAUAUUCCCGAUUGUGGCCAUUUAUUGCAUAAAUUAUGUUUUGACCAAUUACUGGCUUCGGGUCAUUAUACAUGCCCCACGUGUCAGACAUCGCUAAUUGAUAUGACAGCAUUGUGGGAAUAUUUAGAUGCUCAGGCUGAAUUGAUGCCGAUACCAAAAAAAUAUGAAAAUCAAAAAAUUCAUAUAUUUUGCAAUGAUUGCCAUAAGACUUCGAAGACAAAAUUUCAUUACAUUGGCUUAAAAUGUGUACAUUGUGGAGCCUAUAAUACCACACAGAAUGUCAAGAGACGUAUGUCUUUGGUAACAGAUGAGCCCACAUCAGCAUGACAUCUGAUAAA